AUUUUUUUUUUGUAAUUUUAGACACCAGAGUGUGAAAGACUUUUAUUUUGGUCUGGCAAUAUGACGUCAUAAGGAUGCGCCGAGCUCCUGCAUCUGUGUGAUUCGGCUUCAGAAAGGGAAAAACUCCUAAUGAAACAACUGAGAUCGAUGUGACACACUAUUAUAAAGAUGGCGUUUAUUAAAGAGGAGAGUGAAGAAAUUAAGAUUGAAGAAACAUUUGGAGUGAAAAAUGAAGAUGUGAAGAUUGACGAAACAUUCAGAGUGAAACAAGAAGAUGCAGAGGAACAAACAGACCUGAUGGCACUGAGAGAGGCGAGUCAUGAAAUUAAUGAAAAGGAAGAAAAAGACCAUUAUAAUAAACAUGAUUUCAUGACUGGAGAAAGAUCGACAAAGGCUAAAAAGACUUCCUCACAAAAAAGAGCUCAAAAGACAAGAACAAAAAGUUUUUUCAUCUGCCAACAUUGUGGAAAGUCUUUUGAUAAUCGUAAAGACCUUAAUGUCCACAUGAGAGUUCACACUGGAGAGAAGCCUUUCACCUGCCAACAGUGUGGAAAUAGUUUCACUCAACAAGGAAGCCUUAAAAUCCACAUGAGAAUUCACACUGGAGAGAAGCCUUACACCUGCCAACAGUGUGGAAAGAGUUUCAAUCGCAAAGGAAGCUUUAAAUUUCACAUGAGAAUUCACACUGGAGAGAAGCCUUACAGCUGCAAACAGUGUGGAAGGAGUUUCAGUCGUAAAGAUAGCUUUAAAAUACACAUGCGAACACACACGACGGAGAGCUCUUACACCUGCCAACAGUGUGGAAAGAGUUUCACUCAUAAAGGAAGACUUAAAAUACACAUGGGAGUUCACACUGGAGAGAAGCCUUAUACAUACUCUAAGUGUCGUAAGACUGUUGUUCACACUGGAGAGAGCCCUUUCACCUGCCAACAGUGUGGAAAAGGAUUCACUCUAAAAGGAAGCCUUAACAGGCACAUGAGAAUUCACACUGGAGAGAAGCCUUUCACCUGCAAACAAUGUGGAAAAAGUUUUACUCAACAAGGAAGCUUUAACAGGCACAUUAGUAUUCACAAUGGAGAGAAACCUUUCACCUGCAAACAAUGUGGUAAAAGUUUCAAUCAAAAAGGACACCUUAAAGGUCAUACGAUGAUUCACACAGGAGAAAAGCCUUAUACCUGUAAACAAUGUGGAAAAGGUUUCAUCCGAAAAGAACACCUUCAACUCCACAUGAGAAUUCAUACUGGAAAGAAGCCUUUCAUCUGCCAACAGUGUGGAAAAAGUUUCAAACAAAAAGGAAUCCUUAAUUACCACAUGAGAAUUCACACUGGAGAGAAGCCUUAUAAAUACCCUUAGUGUGGAAAGACUAUCGUUCAAGACCUUAACCUCAGGAACCUUAAAGUCCACAGGAGAGUUUAUAUACAGAGAGUCCUUUCAAUUGCCAGCAGUGUGGAAACAGAUUUACUCAAAAAGGAUGCCUGAACAGGCACAUGGGAAUUCACAAUAAACAUUUAGAGAAUUAAUUUAAAUGAAAUCACUGUGAAAAGACUUCCAAAUAUAAAGUAUUAUUAACUGCAUUUCCACUGUCGGGCCAAAGGCAAAUGUGCUAGUGCAUGCCAGGGCCAGUCGUGUUUCCACUGUCACUUCCGGGGCUUGGUCGGGCCUAGCCGGGGCUUUUUUGGGGCCAGUCGGCAGGGUUUGUUGGCUCGCCAAAUACCUUGGUCCAAAACGGGCCAAUUGGGGCUUAAAGGAGUGGUCAUGAACAGAGGUGGAGUUUACCCGAGUCAGGAGACGGUCAACACCGCUGCUCAUUUCCCAGGCUUCCAGCUUACUUCAACAUUUUAAGAUAUUUCAUUUGCAAUAAUAAAUACACACAUUUAUGAAAAAAAACUUGAGACUGCUUGAGGAACGUAGACAAUUAAUCUUGAGUAUAUUUGGUUUAAUGUUUUAUCUGUCUCUUCCAGUGUUGUAAUGUAACGAAGUAAUAAUAUUUCAUUACAGUUCUUAAGUAUUUUUUGGGAGAAUCUGUACUUUACUUGAGUCUUUAUAUUUCUGUCAACUUUUACUUUUACUCCACUACAUUUCCUAAAUAAAUGUAUACUUUUAUUCCG